GGUGCUGCCCGAGGCAGGAGGAGUCCUCCUUAGAUGUCUGGCAGCCAGCUAUGAAGCCGCCUACUUCAGUGCAAACAAGUGAGUUUGACUCAUCAGACGAAGAGCCUAUUGAAGACGAACAGACUCCAAUUCAGAUAUCAUGGCUACCCCUGUCACGAGUGAACUGUUCUCAAUUUCUUGGUUUAUGUGCUCUUCCAGGUUGUAAAUUUAAAGAUGUUAGAAGAAAUAUCCAAAAAGAUACAGAAGAACUAAAGAGCUAUGGUAUACAAGACAUAUUUGUUUUCUGCACCAGAGGGGAACUGUCAAAAUAUAGAGUUCCAAACCUUGUGGACCUCUACCAUCAGUAUGGAAUUAUCACUCAUCAUCAUCCGAUUCCAGAUGGAGGGACUCCUGACAUAGCCAGCUGCUGUGAUAUAAUGGAGGAGCUUGAAAUCUGCCUUAAAAAUAACCGAAAAACUUUAAUACACUGUUAUGGAGGACUUGGGAGAUCUUGUCUUGUAGCCGCUUGUCUCCUCCUAUACCUGUCUGACACAGUAUCACCGCAGCAAGCCAUCGACAGCCUGAGGGACCUGAGAGGGUCUGGAGCAAUACAGACCAUAAAGCAAUAUAAUUAUCUUCAUGAGUUCCGGGAGAAACUAGCUGCACACCUAUCAUCAAGAGAGUCACUAUCAAGAUCUGUAUCUAGAUAAAAGAAUUUCAAAUAGCAUAUAUACAUGACCAUGGCAGAAAUUUGAGCUCUCUAACAUUUGUAUUGAGAUGAAACUACUAUUGUUAUCAAAUUGAAUGUAAUGAAUGUAGAUGUAUAUGUGCAGAUAUUCUUAAAGCUUUUAUUGACAAAUUUCACUGUGUCUCUUUCAUCUCUUAUAGGAGAUAGAAAAACUGGUAUACAAUUUUCCUUUUAAAAAUGCACUAGCUGCUCUGUUGUAUUUUACCUGGAGGCAAUGCUGAAAAAAAGCAUAUGGAAAAAAAUAUUUUUAUUUUUUAACCACACUCUUACCUCAUAUUAUCGGUAACUACUGGGUAGCAUAUGACAUAGUAAUAUAUAUGAAAAUUGGUAUGAGCAGCCAUGCUAAAAUUAUUUAAAUAACUCUUACCCUCUAUUCCUCUGAAAAUUUCUCCCACUGUUUUCUCUACUUCAUAGACAUACAGAAUUGUGAGGGAUCCUAUGAAUCAUCUCAUCACCUCCCUCCCAAUACCAGAUCAUCCCAACAGGUGUUUAUCCAGCAUUUGCUGGAAUUUUCCAAUUGGUUCAGACAGCUGCUCUGUUUUUACAGCAUUCAUUUUUUCACCCUAGGAACUACACAGGAUGAAUUUAAUCCCUCCUCCACAGUUAUUUUAUAAAAGCACUUACCUACAGAUUAAGUCUCCAGUUCUCUCACUCCUUCACUUCACUCUAUGCUAAUGAACAUGUCUUUUUGUCUUUAAAUUCCAUGUUGAGCUACUGAAAGUAGUCAUUUGUAGACAAGGAUCAUACAGUGAGUCAAAGUUAAGAGACCUCAGUGGUGUCACUGCGGCAGAGUGCCCUGGCUCUCUUGGCUACUGGUAGUCACAAGCGUGGCCAACAGCCAGAGGCAUUUCCACACAAGACAAAGCAAAUUUCACUACAUCAACCCUUACUUUUAAAUAAUCAUAUAAUUACCAAAAGUCUUACUCUGUCUCUCACUCUUCUUGCUCUGAUGGACUACUUUAAUUUCAUUAGAGAAUAAAACAAUUACUAAUGCUGUUUGGGAACUUCAGACCAGAGAGCCAGCAUGUAUCAUAAUAUAAAAUCAAUGUUUUAAUACUUUUGUAUACACAGUGCUUCUAGAACCUAAGGUUUUAUAAGACUAUUAAGGAAGGUGGGAGAAUCGCAUAUCCCUAGGGAUUUCUUACCCAAGGUAAUAAAUGCCAAAACUUAGAGCUAGAAAGUUAUUUAUUUUUUUUUAAAGUACAGGCUGCAAUAAUAGACUGACCUUCCUCCUCAUGAUUUUGGUAUUAUAACCAAACACAGUUUAAAAAUCACAAUAUUCCAUUAAACUUUAAACAGUCAUUGAAAUUGACAUUACCAAAUCUUAUAUUAGCUUUCUCCCAAUAUAAACAUAGCUUACUCAUGAAUACUUAAGAAAAUGGAAGAUAAAUAUUGGCAUGGACUAAUCAAAUCCUUUAAUAAGCAACUGAAUUUUCAAAGUGCAUGCAUCUCUUAAUUUCCACUGCAAGGGCUUGUUAAGCGUUCUGCAUUUAAAAUGCUUGACUAAACUAUUUUAAUACUAGGUAAAAGGAAAAACAUCAAUUAUUCCAUAACAAAGAAACAUGGGAUGUCACUAAAAUAUAAUUAUCCAAUUAAGUUUAAUAACUGUAAUUCCAACAUUCUUGGAAAAGCAUUUUCUCUGGUUAAUCUGCAGGACAGCCCUCAAAACAAUGGGGGAGGGCAGACAGAGAGACCAGCUAGAAUCCUGGUCACACACAAGCCAGUUAGUUGCUGAAAUAGAAUCAACACAAACUCAACUGUUAUCCCCAAACUACACAAGGAAACAUUUGAGACAGUUUUAAUUAAAUAUACAAAAGCAAAAUCAAGCAAGCAAGCUCUAAGAAGGCAGGACGACAUAAGGGCACUGUCUUUGGAUGGUGUACAGCACCAUUAAGGUUAACUUAGAUUUUAAAUCUAA